AUGCUGGCCCUGGGGGGCCUCUUGGGGGCCCCCCAAGUCACUGUGCAGAUUUUGCUGACAGCAAAUAGUGCAGCAGCGCCACAACUUUCCUGCAGACCUGCCCCGGCGGGCGGAGGCUUUGCUGGCAGCAGCAGCAGGGGCCCCCAGCAGCAGCAAGUCGUUUGUGGGCCCUGCAGCAGCAGGUUUGGGGGCCUGCUUCUCGCUGCCGCCGCAGCUGCUGCGGGCGCAGCAGCAGCUGCUGCAGCUGCCGUUCUCGCCGCAGGCGGGGAGGAGAUCCACAAGUCGCUUGCUGCAGCGCAGCAGCAGCAGCGCCAGGCGCUGCUGCCGCUGUCUGCGCACGACUACGAGCUGCUGCAGCGGCUGCAGCAGCAGGAGGGUCCGGGGGCCCCCCCGGCGAAGCAGGCAGCUGCUGCUGCAGCCCCCCCGCCGCCUCCGCAGCAGCAGCAGCAGCAGGUGUCGGACUCCGCGUCUCCCGGCACCCCGGAGCCGCAGCAGCAGCAGCAGCAGCAGCAGGCUCUGCAGGAGCAGCCCGUGCAGGAGGAGCAGCUUCUGGGUCGCGUGGCGGCGGCGGCCGCUGCAGCAGCGACGGAAGCCGCCCGCAGCAGCAGCAGCAGCAGCAGCAGCAGCAGCAGGGCCCCGGCGGAGCUGCUGCCGGUGCUGCAAAGCCCGCUCUACGAGUGCUCGCCCUCCAUUGCUGCGCUGCAGCAAAUGAGCCAACAAGAACUCAGCAGAGUCCGCGACUUUUCCAUUUCCAGAAAAGGAUUUGGCAGCAUUUUCUUUCCGGGACAUUCCGACCUCCGCGGCCUCAACCUCGACCUCGUCGUCCACAUCGGCGAGCUCGAG